AUGGCUCGCAUCUUUCUUGACAACGGUGCCAAAGUCAGCGCUGCCAACCUCUUCGGCGACACGCCUUUAGUUCUUGUCUCGGACAAGAACGCGAACAAUCCAAUGGUAAAGUUGUUAAUCAAGGGGUUGACGCUGCAAAAGAUCGACCAACCGACGAUCGAGCUUAAAGACGAGCGCUUCAUGGAGGAGUACCCGGAUCUGUGGGAUUAUUAUCAAGACUGCAUCGAGCACGCUUACAGGACCAAAUUCACCAAGUUCGCCAAGAACUGCACAUUUAUGCAACUCCUCCUACAGUGUCCCUGCGAUAUUGCAACGUUGAUGCGGGACAAGUGUUUCGAGAGCAACUUCGACAUGUCCGACCUCUACAGUUUUGGCAUGUACACCGAGGACCUGAUCCGAGCUUACGAGCGCGCGCAAAACUUCAGUUGCUCGAUGCUCCAACUGGAGAAGACGAUCAACACGAUUUUUCAACAUUUCGUGGACUAUAACGUGGUCUGGAAGGGAGUUCGCUACUUAAGCAAGUGUUACUGCCGGAAGAUGACGCAUCGCGAAUUGGUACCGCUGCUGGACUGCGCGGUGGUGCGCAACCACGUUGAGCUAACGGAGAUGUUUUUACAAAACGGAGCCGACGUCAACGUGAGAAUUGUCCAUCAAGCGGCGGCGACGCCGCUGCUUCUCGCGCUCGAGAGGCACAAUGCCAACGUACAGGCGCCGAUGCUGCUGAAAUACGGAGCCAAGGUUUGGGCCAAAGACAAGUUCGGCUUGAACGCUCUGCACUACGUGGCCUUCCUCCGUGGAACGGUGAACCUCUUCGCAGACCACGGCGCCGACGUGAAUUCGCGAGCAAACGAAUCGCCCGAAGACGACACGUUUCCGCUUUACCUCGCGGCUGUGGAAGCUUUGCUCAAACGCGGCGCGAACGUCAACAUGAAAACUAAGACCGGUCGCACUGCUUUACACAAAGCCUGCCAGCUACGACUGAGCCAGAGCAUCAAUGUCGUCGAGGACAACCUGGGCAAAACGCCGUUCGCUCUCUUCACUCGCACUUCUAUAAGAGCUCCAGCAAAGAGGCCGAUCACCGACAUGAUCAAGGCUCUGGCGAAGAGGAAGGCUUGCCAGCCUCAGAUCGAAGUGAAGGACGAGGAGAUCAUGAAGACUUAUAACCAGCGACUCUGGAAUUCUUAUCACCGCUGCAUCGAAGAGGUCCAUAAAACGAGGUCUACGAGGAUCGUCGAGAGCUGCACGUUCUUCCAACUCCUCACGAAGGAUUCUCCUCAGAUUGCUACGUUGAUGCGGAAUCCCGAGUUUGAAGUAAAUUUCCAGCUGUACGAUCUGCAGAGUGAAUUUCCCAUGUUUGCCGAAGACAUCACGAAAUACGCCACUUUAUAA